AUGAAUACGGUAUUUAUAAAAACCCCCUCUGAUCGAUCGAAACCCAGUGCGCGCUCCUUCGGACAUUACGGCCUCCACAGUCGCUCCUCCCCCACACCGCGCUCUUUAGCCGGCUGCACAACCCUCUCCCAGGCGGGCUCACGUCACAUCGGCGCACGGAUCGACAUCCACCAGACCGAAGCAGGCCGUCCGCAUAUUUAUUUACCCGUGUUAUUAACUUAUUUUAACCCACAAACCUUCGCGAUGAGUUCAAUCAACGUGAAAAAACUUAAAGUGAACGAGCUGAAGGACGAGUUGAAGAAGCGCGAUCUCUCCGACAAAGGGCUGAAGGCGGAGCUGAUGGAUCGUCUGCAGGCCGCGCUGGAUCAAGAGGCCCUCAGCGACUCGCCAGCUCCCGACGAAACGAGCCAAGAGCAGGGUAUGGCAGAGGAAGAGGAGGGCGAGGGAGCUCUGGAGGAAGAAGCAGAAGCCAUGGAGCCAAAUGACGAAGAUGAAGCCGAGAAUGGCGGCGGUGGCGGCGGCGAUGGUGGAGAGGAGGCUGCAGCGGAUGAAGAGAUGGGUGAGGGCGAAGGAGAAGAGGAGAUGGACCCAGAGCUGAAAACUGAGGAGGAGGAAGAGGAGAAAAUUGACGAUUUGGAGGGUGAGCCAGGGGACCAGGCUGAAGGGGAUGCGGACAAAGACACGAAUGCUGAUCAGAAGAAUAAGAAGGGUGUUAAGAGACGCCGGGAGGAACAUGGAAGGGGCUACUUUGAAUUUAUUGAAGAAAACAAAUACAGCUGGGCUUCAUUCAAGACUCCUGUUCCCCCUCUUGAGGAAGAGGAUGAAGAGUUUGAUGACACUAAAGUGUGCUUGGACACCUACAACUGUGACCUGCACUUCAAAGUUUCCAGAGACCGCUACAGCGCCUCAUCUCUCACCAUGGAAAGCUUUGCUUACCUCUGGGCUGGAGGCAAAGCCACAUAUGGUGUGAGCGAAGGAAAAGUGUGCUUUGAAAUGAAGAUCACAGAGAAGAUCCCUGUAAAGCAUGUUUCCAGUAAAAACAUGGAAAUACAUGAUGUGCAAGUCGGCUGGUCACAUGCUACUGGCACUCUGCUGCUCGGUGAGGAGGAGCACUCUUAUGCCUACUCAUCUAAAGGCAAGAAGACUACAAACUGUGUGACAGAGGACUACGGAGAAACCUACGAUGAGAAUGAUGUCAUCUGCUGCAUGAUUGAUUUUGAAGGUGAAGAGGUGGUCAUGUCAUUUUCCAAAAAUGGUGGCGAGCGCAGUAUUGCAUUCCAGGUGCCUAAAGAGAGUCUAAAUGGCAAAGCGUUGUUCCCACAUACCAUCUGCCACAACUGCGCUGUUGAGUUUAACUUUGGCCAAAUGGAGACUCCGUACUUUCCUCAGCCAGAGGGCUAUGUCUUCAUCGAGCAAGUUGCUGUGGACAAGAGAGUGCGUGGACUUAAAGGACCACAGACUAAGGCUGACUGUGAGAUAAUUGUGAUGGUUGGCCUCCCUGGCUCUGGAAAAACCACCUGGGUGAAGAAUCAUGUGCAAGAAAAUCCUGGCAAAUUCUACAUCUUGGGCAGUGACACCAUUGUGGAGAAAAUGAUGCUUAACAGUUUGAAGCGCCAGUCCAAAGAUAUCUCUAAGCUGGUCGGGAUUUCCCAGCGCGCACCACUUUUCCUUGGGAAGUUCAUUGAAAUUGCGGCUCGUAAGAAGAGAAACUACAUCUUGGAUCAUACAAACUUGUCAAGCCCGGGUCAGAAGAGAAAGAUGUGCCUGUUCGCUGGAUUCAAGAAGAAGGCUGUGGUGGUGUGUCCCUCAGAGGAGGACUUCAAGGAAAGAACUCAAAAGAAAGUAGAGCUUGAAGGCAAGGAAGUGCCUGAACACGCCAUGCUGAAAAUGAAAGGAUUCUUCACUGUGCCAGAAGAGGGUGAAAGUUUCAGUGAAGUGAUUUUUGCUGAGCUGGAGAAAGAGGAGUCCACUAAGCUACUGGAACAAUACAAGAAGGAGGCUUCGCUCAGCCUUCCUGCUGAGAAAAAACCCAAUCAGGGCAACACCCUUCCCAAGAGAGGAGGUGGCCCACGAGGAGGCGGCGGCAGAGGAAAGAAUCAGUUUGGACGAGGUGGUUCAGGACCAAGAGGAGGACGUGGAGGCUUCCAGCAGCACAGGGGCGGCUUCAGAGGACAUCCUGGUGGUCCUCGUGGUGGCUUCAGUCGACCUCCCCGUGGAUUCCUGCCUCCCCCAGUCUUUAGAGGAGGAUAUCCAAACCGUGGAAACUUCUCCAGAGGUGGAGGUCCUAUGCAUAUGGGGGGUUCCCCCAGGGGUGGACCCAUGAGGGGAGGCAUGGGCCCCAGAGGAGGUCCUAUGAACAGAGGAGGACCUAUGAACAGGGGGAACAUGAAUCGUGGAGGACCUAUGAACCGCGGGGGCAACAGAGGACAUCACGUUGGGUUUCAGCAGAGAGGUGGUAACCGUGGCAACUUCGGAAACAAAAAUGGUAAUUUUGCUGCAAACCGUAACGGUGGGAACAGGAAUGGAAUGGACAAGGCUCAGGCUUUCAACCAGAGCUGGCAGCAAGGGUUUUGGAACCAGAAGCCCUGGAGUCAGCAGUACCAACCUGGAUAUUUCUAA